GCAAGCGAGCAGGCCAGAGAGACAAAGAGAAGCAGACAAGACGACGAAGAAGAAGAUGAUGAUGAUGAUGAUGAAGAACCCGGUCAUUCUGAUGGCCUGCAUCUUUCUUUUGUCAUCGCUCGUUAUAUCUGACAACACCUUUGGUCCAGAUAAAUGCUGCUUUCAGUUCAUCAAGGAACGUCUGCCAAAGACCAAAGUGUUGAGCUUUGAAUACACAGACAAGCGGUGUGCGAUGGAAGGAGUGCUCCUUAGGAUGCUGAAGGGUAAACAAAUCUGUGCCGAUCCAACCAUGCAGUGGGUUAAGAGGAUCAUGAAAGUGGUCGGGACUAGGAAUGAUACCAGCUCUGUGCUCGAAGGAUCUGUACAGUGAACACUAUAACUGAGUGACCUUCUGAGCCAAGUUUUCUAUUUUCAUACCUUAUCUGUGCUUCUGCAGAAUUAUACAGAAUAAUAUUUGUAGUAGCUUAAAGAUUAAAUCCAAAUGACCAACUUAAAUUACUUAUUUUUU